AUGGCUGACUCAAAGGACAUCACGUCGCCCACGCAGUCGUUGCCCGACCACGGCGAACCCAGCAAAGUGAGUGGAUUGACCUUUGCUCGCCGCGGCGAGCAAGUAGACGAAGGAAUUGCUGCUGGAGACGUGUCCGGUUUCGAUGCAGAACGUAUGCGAGCUCGCUCACUUCUCACGGCCGAAGAGGAAAAGAGUUUAAUGAGACGAGUUGAUAUUCGGAUCAUGACACUUUGCUCUAUAAUGUUCUUGAUCAAGAAUAUUGACGCCGACAACAUCUCAAAUGCGAGAAUCAUGAAUAAAGGAACUUCUAGAAACAUUAUGACUCAGUUGGACAUGAGUUCGGAUGAGUACAAUUGCUCAAUGUUUUAUACUAUGCGGUUCAGACCGAGUGCCUGGCAGUCAAGAAUCAUGAUCUCGUGGGGUAUUGCACUGCUUUGCCAUGUGCCAGUUUCCAACAAGGGCGGCAUUUAUGCUACCCGUUUCCUCCUUGGAGCGUUCGAAGCGGGUUUUUUUCCGGGCGUUAUCCUGCAGAUGACGUAUUGGUACAGGCCGGACGAAAUGUCGAUUCGUCUACUGUAUUUCUACAUCCUCGGCAACUUGUCCGGAGUUUUUAGUGGUAUCCUUGCAUUUGCAUUCGACACGGUCUCGGGAUCAAGAGGACUUUCAGGAUGGCAAUGGCUGUUCUUGGUUGAGGGUCUUAUCACAAUUGUGCUUGGCACUAUUGUUUACUUUUUUCUUCCUGAUUUUCCUCCUACCGCAAAGUGGUUGUCAGACAAGGAAAAGGCAUUCAUUCAAGCACGCCUUCCACCAAACGCUCCCCGAGCCGAAGAGAUGAAUUUCAAGUGGAGCGAGAUUGUCGACUCCCUCAAAGACCGCCGUCUCUGGCUCUUUACUCUCAUUUGGGCUACCUUCACUGUUGGUACUUCUGGUGUUCGCUUCUACCAACCAACAGUCAUUGCCAACCUGGGUUUCACCACAAUCGCCAGAGCCCAGUUACUGAAUCUCCCAAUCUCUCUCCUAGCCAUCUUCGUCAUUGGAGUGACUGGAUUCUUUGCAGACAAGGGUCUAAUACCUCGACCACUCUAUCCCCUCGGUGUUUUUGCUGUGAUUCUCGCCUGCUAUGGCGUUCUGGUUGCGUAUCCCUCCAAUGGAGCCGUAUACACUGCAACUUUGAUUGGCAAUGCAUUUACAGCUGCCUUCUUCCCAUUAAUGUGGCCCUGGCGUGUACAGACAACAUCACGGGCCACUGGUUCAGCAUUUAGCAUUGGAUUUGUCAACAGUUACGGCCAGAUUGGAGGUGCUAUUGGCCCUCAGAUUUUCAGAUCCAAGUAUGCGCCGCGAUACCAGACGAGUUUCGCGUCAGCCAUGGCUCUGGUUGGAUGUUGCGCUAUUAUUACGUGCAUCACAUGGUGGGUUACAAGGCAGACAGAGUCUGAUACUCGUCGAUUGAAGAGGGCAAGAGUUCGUGCCGAGAGGGAGGGCUUGGCCGUGUUGGAUGAUGUAGUGGAUCGGGACCGGAGAAAGAAGCAGAGUGAUGACGAGAGUGCCUAG